GGAAUUCUUCUGUUGCCAUCUAUUAGCUCUUAUCGAAUUCCCUACCACUGGCUUUAUUUUCAGCAACCCCACAGUAUCACCAUGGCCACGGUCAUUGCCGAAGGGCUUGAGAAGGCUCACGAAGCCGUUAAGACGGCUUCAUCCAAGAACAAGAAGACGGUCGACUUGGAGCGCGACCUGGUCGAUGUCACCACUGAGCAGCGUCAGACCACCGACCACGGCGUGCCCAUUAGCAAUACCGACAAUUGGCUGCGGUCAGUCGACGACCGUCGCACAGGUCCAUCGUUGCUAGAGGAUCAGAUUGCGCGCGAGAAGAUUCACCGAUUCGACCACGAGCGGAUUCCCGAGCGUGUCGUCCAUGCCCGUGGAACCGGCGCUUUUGGAAACUUUAAGCUACUCGAAAGCUGUGAGGACGUGACAUAUGCCAAGGUCCUAACCGACACAUCGCGGAAUACACCGGUCUUCGUCCGCUUUUCCACCGUGCAGGGCAGCAAGGGAAGCGCCGACACGGUGCGUGAUGUUCGUGGAUUCGCAACCAAAUUUUACACAGACGAGGGUAAUUGGGACUUGGUUGGAAACAACAUCCCGGUUUUCUUCAUCCAGGACGCUAUCAAGUUCACUGAUUUCGUCCACGCUGUGAAGCCUGAGCCCCAUAAUGAGGUCCCUCAGGCGCAGACCGCGCACAACAACUUCUGGGACUUUUGCUAUUUGCACCCAGAAGCCACUCACAUGUUCAUGUGGGCCAUGUCGGACCGCGCCAUUCCCCGGUCCUAUCGGAUGAUGCAAGGGUUUGGUGUCAACACUUUUUCGCUUAUCAAUAAGGAGGGCAAGCGCCACUUUGUCAAGUUCAUUUGGACGCCUCACCUAGGCGUGCAUUCAUUCGUCUGGGAUGAAGCUCUGAAACUGGCGGGUCAAGACCCGGAUUUCCAUCGCAAGGACUUGAUGGAGGCCAUUGACAACGGCGCAUAUCCGAAAUGGGACCUGUCUAUCCAAACCAUCCCUGAAGAGAAACAGGAUGACUUUGAGUUCGACAUUCUCGAUGCGACCAAGAUCUGGCCAGAGGAUCUGGUCCCUCCCCGCACCAUUGGUGUGUUGGAACUCAACCGCAACGUGGACGAAUUCUUCCCACAGACAGAGCAGGUUGCAUUCUGUACAUCACACAUUGUUCCCGGUAUCGACUUCUCCGAUGACCCUCUUCUUCAGGGCCGUAACUUCUCCUAUUUCGACACCCAGAUUAGCCGUCUCGGCAUCAAUUGGGAGGAGUUGCCCAUCAACCGCCCCGUCUGCCCCGUGCUGAACCACAACCGCGACGGUGCCAUGAAACACCGCAUCACUAAGGGUACCGUCAACUACUGGCCCAACCGCUUCGAGGCGGCAAAGCCGGACGAGCCUGCUCCCCAGGGUGGCGGCUUCGAGUCAUACCCCGAGCCGGUACAAGGCCGCAAGAGGCGCGCGUUGAGCCCCAAGUUCCGCGAGCAUCAUUCCCAGGCCCAACUCUUUUACAACUCCAUGUCGGAGCACGAGAAGCUGCACAUUGUCAAGGCUUUUGGGUUCGAGCUCGACCACUGCGAUGACCCUAUCGUCUACGAGCGCCUGGCCGGCAAGCGUCUGGCGGAGAUCGACCUGACCCUAGCGCAGCAGGUGGCGGAAGUCGUGGGCGCCCCGAUUCCUCAAAAGGCCCUCAUGGCCAACCACGGCCGGAGGACGAUUCAUGUUUCCCAGACCGAAUUUCCCCCCAAGUCUCCGACCAUCGCCAGUCGGCGCAUUGCUAUCAUAAUUGGUGACGGAUACGACCCGGUGGCCUUCAAGGGCAUUCAGACCGCUGUGAAGGUGGCGGGUGCUCUGCCGUUUGUCAUCGGCACCAAACGGUCGCCCAUCUAUGCCGACGGGGAAUCGAAGGAGACAUCGCAGGGCAUCAUCGCCGACCACCAGUAUGACGGACAGCGAUCAACCAUGUUUGAUGCCACGUUCAUUCCCGGUGGCCCGCAUGUGGAGACGCUCCGGAAGAACGGGCAGAUGCGGUACUGGAUCGCCGAGACAUUUGGCCACCUGAAGCCACUGGCUGGCACAGGUGAAGCGGCCGAGCUAAUCAAGGAGGCGUUGGGUAGUGUGCUAGAUGUGCAAGUGGCCACCAGCUCCAAGCCACAGCCCGUGGAAUGGUAUGGCGUGGUCACGGCCGGUGGCGUGCAGAAGCCGGAGAGCUUCAAGGAAAGCGUGCAGAUCGCGAAGGGCGCCAAGGAUUUCGUGGGUAUAUUCUUCUACCAGAUUGCGCAGCACCGGAACUACCAGCGCGAGUUGGAUGGGCUGAGCUCGACGGUCGCCUGGUAAACAGCCUCAAUCCUUAAACUCGGAUGAGGGUAUAAAUUGUAACGAUGGGAUGGUCCGUGAUCAUGAGAAAUGAGUAAUCAACUGUCUGCAAAUGUAUGUUAGGAUAAUGAC